AUGACGAAUGAUAUAGAGUUGAGCAGAUUGAUGACAAAGAAUAUGCGACAAGUUGUAAAUAUUUUAAAAAAUCAUCCAAAUAACAUUGAAAAACGUUUGAAACAUUGUCAAUUAAAUGUUCGUUAUUUACAAAAGUGUAUCAAAAACAGUAAUUGCUUAGGAUCAAAAAAACAUUUGGAAUCAUGUAUUUCAAAUAUGUUAAGCUUUCGAGAACAACUGAAAGCAAUGAUACAUGGUGGUGGUGGCUACACAAAAGGGAAAAAAAUAAAAGGAAUGAAAUGGGAAGAUCUGGAAUGUGCAUUUGAGUCACAUGAAAAAAUUCGCGAGUUAAAAUAUUUUAACACGAAAAAUGAAAUGAUUGGUCGAACUGAUAUAAAAUUUUGGUAUACAAAUAAUGUUGAAGAACCGCUUUUAAUAAAAUUGGAAGAGUUUCAAGAAAGAGAUAGUGGUAGGGCUUUAAGUGGUAUACUUAAUUUAAAAAUUAAUGUAAACAAAUGUAAACAGCUAAGAGGAUCAUCAUAUAUUAGAUUACCGACAUCUAUUGAAGAUAAAAAAGCUUGUAUAAAUGUUCAAAAUGACGAUGAUGCUUGCUUCGCUAGGGCUGUUACUUCUGCUCUUUUCCCAGCAAAGAAACAUAGUUAUAGAACUACAUCAUAUCUACACUAUGAAAUUGUAUUAAAAUUAAAAGGAAUUACAUUCCCCAUGACACUAAAUCAAUUAGAAAAGCAUAGUGAAGAUUGUCAAAAACAAAAUGAGUGUAAAAUUGUUAUACCAACGAGUUACAUGAAUCGAAAUGUUAUACAAUUUAAAAAUUUUAAAAACAAAGAACAUGUGCCAUUAGUUAUUUACGCGGAUGUGGAAUGCUAUCUAAAGCCCAUCAAAGUAAAUGGUUAUAGUUAUCAACAAAAAUAUCAACAGCAUGUAGCGUACAGUAUUGGAUUUUAUAUAUGCUGUACGUUUGAGGAUAAAUUAAAUUAUUACAAAUCAUAUAGAGGAGAAAAUUGUGAAAAAUGGUUUGCUACAGAAUUGAAAGAAAUUGGAUUGAUUGUUCAUGAAAAAUAUUCAAAUCCACUACCAGUAACAAAAUUAAGAGAUGCUGAAAAAGAUGACUUUUAUGGUGCAACAAUAUGUCACAUAUGUGAAAAACCUCUUAAUGGGGACCGAAAUUUGGACCAUUGUCAUUUGACGGGGCGGUAUCGUGGUAUUAGUCACAAGAAAUGUAAUUUACAAUAUCAAGAUUGUUACACAAUCCCUGUAAUAUUCCACAACUUAAGUGGAUAUGAUGGACAUUUUACAGACUCAUAUAGACACUUGGCGGAUUCAUUAGACAAUUUAUCAUCGUUAUUAACUGAAUAUAAAAUAUUACAUAAGAAUUGUUUCGAUGGUGACGAUGAAAAAUAUAAACUAUUAACGCGAAAAGGAGUAUUUCCUUAUGAUUACGUGGAUAAUUUAGACAAAUUAAACGAGAGAUCACUACCACCAAUUGAUUCAUUUUUUAAUAAAUUAAACGAAUUCAACAUCUCAGAUAUUGAUUAUAAUCAUGCAAAAAAAGUAUGGAAAAUGUUUGACAUAAAAACAAUGGGUGAAUAUAGUGACCGAUAUUUAAAAAUUGAUAUUUUACUUCUCGCAGACAUUUUUGAAACAUUUCGUGAUAAGACUCUUGAUUUAUAUAAAUUAGACGCCGCACAUUAUUAUACAACUCCUGGAUUAGCAUUUGAUGCAGCAUUAAAAAUUACUAAAACAACGUUAAAAACAUUACCUGAUAUUGAUAUGGUGAGGUUUAUUGAACGAGGUAUUCGUGGAGGGCUAAGCCAGUGUAGUAAUCGAUAUUCUAAAGCUAAUAAUAAAUAUAUGUCCGAUUAUAAUUGUAAUGAAGAUUCGAAAUACAUAAUGUAUUAUGAUGUAAAUAAUUUAUACGAUGAUGUAUUAUCAGUACCUGAUGAUAGCCCACAUGGUUAUAUUUUGGAGGUUGACUUGAAAUAUCCUGAAGAUUUACAUGAUUUACAUAACGAUUUACCGUUUUGUCCUAUACGAGAAAAACCCCCUGGUAGUAAAACUGAAAAGCUUGUAACAACAUUAACGGAUAAAGAACGAUAUUUAAGAAAGACUGACAUAUUAUUUGAUAAACCAAUUAUUGAUGGAUUUUCAAUUUUAGAAAUUGCUAAAACAUCCAUGUAUGAUUUCCAUUAUGGUUUUAUAAUUAAGAUUUUUCCAGGUGGUUAG